AUACACCGCGAAGAAGGUAGACGGGGGCUGGCGUUAAAAGUUUGUAGUUGCGGGGAGGUCGCGAGGCUAGGGCGCAUUACUUGAGCGUGAGUGGAUGUAAACAGGCCAGCGAUUACCGCAGUGAGUGUUUUUGUUUGAGAAAAAAAGGGGAAGUGUCCGUGUCUUUCACCUGAAGGCGGAGGAAAGGGUUGCUGUUGUGAUUCGUAUACGGACCAGUGAUCUAUUUAUUUAUAAAUAUUUGAGGUUUAUGUUUCUGUUUACCUCUCGACCCGACGGGGUAAACAUCGGUGCGUGUGUGUGAUCAAGCGUGGUGUAGUUUAUUUCAUCAAUGAGCUGAGUAAGGUAGAUGAAAACGUUCAUUGGCGUGGUCGUCUUACGACUUUAUAAUUAAUUAGUGCCUGGAUGAUUAUUUCUGCGUUAUACGCCAGACCAGGAUGGUGUCUGCUUCACGGAUGGCUGACCACCUGAGUUGUCUGGAACCCAGGUGUAGGUGAGCACAGGAUCGUUGAGUGCUGACCAGUAGGUGUUGACCUAAGGGGAGCUACAAUGGAGGUUUGCUGGACACAGAGGAUUUACCUGUUGAGCCAAGUCUUAAUGGUGUGGGUCACUUCUAGCUAUGGUAUCAUCAGGUGCGACUGCAACACUCAGGAGUGCAAGGACAGCGGGAAGACGACCUGUGUCGGCACCAAGACCUGCUACACGGAACUCUAUCAGAACAACCUACAACGGGGCUGCGACCCAACGCCCCUGGCGUGUGAGAACCGCCGACCCCUGAUGGGGGAGGGGGUGGAGUGGCCGGCCUUGUACUGCUGUAAUCACAAGGAUUUAUGUAACAAAUUUGCAACACCCAUCAUCUCGACGCCUGGCGUCACAGAUAAAGAUGUCCCCGUGGACAGCCCCAGCACAUUCGUCCCCCCAGUUUUGAACUGCUCCGACGCCCAGCACCGCACGUCACAGACCCGGAUCAUCAACCCCAUCUACAUCGCCGUGCCAGUCGCCGGCGUGUGCGUGCUGCUGGCGCUGGUCAUCUUCGCCAUGUACCUGCUCCGUCGUCGCACGGACUACCACCACGACAGCUCCUACUACCACGAGCACGCGACCAACGCGACCCCCAAGCAGAACGUCGCGCCCCAUCACUGCCAGUGCUUGUGUAAAAAACAGACGGUCCCGCCGUGCACUAAGGGCAACCGCUGCACGGACAGCGAGAGGUCAUCCUCUGGCAGCGAGACCAAGUUCUUCCUCCAGUCCUGACAGCUGCGGGGCGGGGUCGUCGACCUGGUGUAAAUAAAAAACUACAGGCAGGGCAGCUGGGUUCUAUGCUGGGGGCUGGUCAGUGGACAGAGAACAGCUGGGUUUAUGCUGGGGGCUGGUCAGUGGACAGAGAACAGCUGGGUUUAU